AUGGAGACGCAGCAACUUCGGAGGAGCAUCGAGUGGAGGACCGACCUCGGAGACCCCCCCCGGCUUUCUUGGGGCUCCUGCGCCAUCCUCCCAGGAAAGUGGGGCGAAGCGCCGGGCGGGACAGGGCGGGAGACACGGGGGAGGCGGAGCAGCAGCGCCCCCAACCGGGGCGACCGGGGCACCCCGCCCGGACAGCGCGCCGGCACCUUGGCUCUAGACUGCUUACUGCCCGGGCCGCCCUCAGUAACAGUCUCCAGUCACGGCCACCGACGCCUGGCCCCGCCCCAGGACCGCGGCCCCGGCCGCCGCCGCGCCCCGGGACCCCCAGCCCCCGUCCCUCAGGGCCCCGCCCCCGGCCCGCUACCCGCGCCGCCGCUGUCCGCGGUGCUGAUCAACGCAGGCGCCGCCAUCGGGCCGCCCCGUCCGGGUCCCUAG